AUGGAUCCAGAGUAUGCCCUUUAUGGUAUGCUGUCAGAAAAAUGUGAUGUGUACUCAUUUGGGGUUGUUUUAUUUGAAGUGUUGUGUGCUAGAAAGGUCUUUGAUCUAAGCUUGGAUGAGUAUGAACUAGAUCUAGCUGAUUGGGUCCGCCAGUGCAUAAGCCAAGGAACCAUUUAUAAUGUCAUUGAUCCAUAUCUUAAAGGGAGGAUAGCUCCUGAGUGUUUCAAGACAUUUGUGGAUGUCGCUUAUUGUUGUAUUAGUGCGAAGGGAGAUAAACGGCCUGAGAUGGGUGAAGUGGAGCUCAUGUUAGAGUUUGCAUUGGAGAUGCAAGAGAAAGCAGAUUCCGAAAUGGUGGAUGUUGAUCCUCAUGGUCAAUGUAUGUAUGGAGAAGUAUCAUUUUGUAUUCCUGUUUCUGAUCACGGUUUGUGA